AUGGCCAACAGAACCAACGCCACCACCCCGUACUACAGCUACGAAUACUACCUGGACUACUUGGACCUCAUUCCCGUGGAUGAGAAGAAGCUGAAAGCCAACAAACAUUCCAUCGUCAUUGCCUUCUGGGUGAGCCUGGCAGCUUUCGUGGUGUUUCUCUUCCUCAUCCUGCUCUACAUGUCCUGGUCAGGCUCCCCGCAGACGAGGAACAACGCCCAGCACCACUCAACAUGCCCCUGGAGUUUCGGCCUCAACCUCUCCCUCUGCAUCUGGAGGCAACGCCGGCACCACAGGGCCCCCCAGGGGACCCCAGAGCCUCCACUGAACUUGGUUGAGGAACCAGGGGGCAGAGCAUCCAGCCCCAUCCAGCAGCUUCAGCGGGAGGGGCCCUCCAACUCACUCCCCACUGCCCUCCAGGCCCACCCUGCUCUCCUCUGGGAACUGGCCCUUGAUGGGGACCCACAUGGCACCAGCUGACAUCAGAAGCAAGCCCAGGGAGCCUCCCCUGCAGACAGAACCUCUCGACUGUGGAACCAACAGCAGCAAAGGGGCCACUGCCAAGUGAACCGGGGAACUCAAACCAACCUGGACUCACACGUGCCCUCUGAAAGCCUG